UUAGUCCGAUCCGGCGAUCAAAUUUCUUCAAAAUAUUUCAGCCAGUCCGGUUUCGUUUACGGUGGGGUGUUGAAGUGCGUUUAACGAUCGCGCGGUGCCCUUAACUAUCGAAUAACCGAAAAAACCAGCCUGAAGAUGACCGACACAGUGAAAAAAUCAAGAAUAGUAAGUGAGGAGGAGAAGGACCUCGAGGAAUCACUACUCGAAGAGUUUAACCUCAGACUAAAAAACUGCAUGAGCCAAGACGACCUUCAGAAAGAAGCGGAACCACCCGAACCAGAUGCCAUCUACCAAAAUAUAACGUCACCAACAAAAACCUCACCGAAGAAACACAUCGUCGACACCGACAACUUUAUCCUUAACGAAAUACGAGCAGAAAACCACUACGAUGUGCCAAAACCAUUAAACGGUACGAACCAAAACGGACACCACGAUGAAGUAGAAGAAGAAGAAGAAGAAAUUUACGAAUGUAUUCCAGAAAAGACUGAUUACUCGGACCAAAAUUACACGCGAAUGAUAGAUAAUAGUAAGGAAGACGUAGAUUUAAGUGCGAUGACAACCGUUGAGGAGUAUAUUAACAUGUCAGUACAGGAAACGUCAAACAUUUAUGAAACUGUUGAAAUUACUACGACGAAGAAGUUGACUCCCACCCUAAACCUCCCCACCACCCUUUUCACCGACUGCUCGGAAGAGAAAUCGCCUGACAAGGAUCAGAAAUGUUCCGCGAAAGACCGCAUGCUUCUGAGCUGCGACGAGACCUCGACGCUCUUGUUUACUCAAACGGUCACUUCGCCCAUGCUCACUCCCAGUGAGGAAAACAUCGAUUUCCUCAAAGGGUUCCAAAGGGAGAACACCAUUUCCGAGAGUACCACCUCCAACGUGAGUCCUCCCAAGGAGGAAGCGACUGAGACCAGCCCGGAGGUCUCGGAACCCUUGGAGGAAGAGAAGAACACUUCUUCGGAGAACUUUUAUGAAAACGUGCAAUUCUUCAAGAACACCACGCCUCCCAAUCAGUAUGAGAACGUGGUGAUUGUCAAUAGGGAUGUCGAAAUUGUUGAGGAGGAUAAUUGUGAUAGUACCAAUGAGGAUGUUUAUCAAAAUAUUGAGGAGGUUUUGGGUGAGGAGAUACUUCGUAAAGAUGAUACGGACGAGGGAAGCUUAGAAGAGUUUAUACAGCACGAGAGAGCUGUCUCUGAAAGCUUUAUAGUCCGAAAGGAGUCACCUAAAGUUGAUGAUCAAGUUGAUCAUAUUAAUAUAGAAGAAGAACCUAUAGUGGAGGAAUCAUGUCUAAUGGAAACUCAAACUUUUGCAGCAUUAGAAGAUGAUCCUGUUAUAACCAAUGGGCAUAAAACCAUCACAGAAUCCUCUAGCAAAGAGAAACUAACCACAGAAUGCUAUAAAGAACUGAUUUACCAUCAUAAGUCGGAGACAACGUCGAACUAUUAUGAGAAAUACACGGAGGGGUUGUCCAAGAGUUCCAAAAGUGACUCGGGAAUCAACAGGGAAAAAGAUACGGAAACCGUUCCGGCGGAGAUCGUGAAGAAUUUAAAAAGUCAAUUUUUGACUAAAGCGGCGGUCGAAGUGGUGGGGGUGGUGCACAAGGAGGGCGGUAAAAAGGAGGCGGAGACGAAAAGCGGGGCGAACAUGAUCGAUCAGAUCAAGACGAGGUUCGAGAGCUCGACCGACGGAGGGAAAAUUGCUGAUGAAAGUACAGAAUACUCAGAAACUAUCGUAGAAACCAACGCCCCCGGCGAGAAAUGCAUCAAAAAGAAAAAAGUGAAAAAAACCAGGAAGGAGGAAAAAGAGAAUAUUUCUGUUACCCAAAAUGGGGGCAGCCUGGAUGGGGAAAAGUUUUACAACGUUAAUGUGAAAAACUUGUGUAGAUCGUUUGGCGAUUUAACAAAAUUAGAGAGGCAUAGAAAUAACAGAAAGAAUAGUGACAGAAUGCGUACUAAAUCACUGACCGACAUGGUACCCCAUCCUAACCAAAAAAAUAUUAUCGAUAACGUUUUUACUGGAGUGUCGGUGCGUACUUUGAAAGAAAAGUUUAACACUGAUGGAGGGACUAACUUAAUUAAUUGUCGAUUCAAAGAUCCUAAAGUGAAAUCGAGUUUCUCCAAGUUCGACGCCCUCCAAAAGAAGAACGUCCUCCACGUCCGCUCCUCCGACUCCACCAAAGCUCAAGAGAAAUUCAAUGGCUCCCAAAUCGAAAUGUCUACCAACUGUAAAGUCUGCGGCAAGCAAGUCUUCCAAAUGGAACAAAUCAAAGCGGAAAGAUCGGUCUACCAUAAAAACUGCUUCAGAUGCUCCGAGUGCAGCAAACAGCUGACGGUGGACACCUAUGAAAGCAACGAUGGCUCCUUGUACUGCAAACCCCACUUUAAGGCUCUGUUUGCUCCCAAGGUAGUGGAAGAAGAACCUUCUCAAAAACCUCGAAGACCCGAACUAAUAAUACGUGAAAGUCAACCGGUAGAAUUACCUCCUGACGUAGUUAGAGCAAGUGAUAAGCCUGACCUGGGUCUGGAAGAGUUGCAAAGCCUGAACGUCAAGGAGCGAUUCCAAGUUUUCGAACAGUUUCAGAGCCAUCACAGUGAAACUAGCGAGCUGGAGAGGGCUCAGAAUGUCAAGAGGUCUCCCAGUAUUUUGUCCAAGUUGGCCAAGUUCCAAAAACACGGCAUGGACAUCGGCGUAUCCAACGAAGCUCUGGACGGCAUCCCCAUCGAAGAGUCCGAAUCAGACGAGGAGGAAGAGGAAGAGAUUCCCGAGGGCGAGGAUCCUGAUUUAGUAAGAGCCAAAAGGGUUCAAAAAGAGAAACCCUUCCAUUUCACCGGCAUGUCCGACGUGAAAAAGCGAUGGGAGCAAGGAGACCACGCCAGGGAAGAAAGGAGAGAAGAGACUAAACAAGAAAUUCAGAAUAUUAGGACCAAAUUAUUUAUGGGUAAGCAAGAAAAGAUGAAGGAAGCUUACCAGCAAGCAGUGAUGGAGAGCGAAUCCAGCACCAACGUGAGGAAGAAUAUAACCGACAAAAUUGAGGCCUGUGAUACCAAAUCCCUUAAAGAACGUUUCGAGAAGGGUGAAGUUGUCAACGAAAAAACCGGAAAAGAAAGAAACGAGGAGGAAGAAGUCUUCGAGAGCGAGAUCAGCAAGAAAUCGAGAUCGUUGUUCCUGGAACUGGACGCGAGCGCCUCCAAGCCUCCCCAACUCUCCCCGGUGACUCCCCCAAAGCUGGAAGUGAAAAAAGCCAGAGAGGCCUACAUAGAAAAAACCUCGAAAGAAGAUACGGUGAAAUCCACGCAGUUGAUCGAAGAAGUGGAGGUUAAAACCGCCGAUAUUCAGGAGCGAUUUAAAUUCUUCGAAACCUAUAAGGAGCCGGAGAAGCAAAAGAAACAAUUCAGAAUAACCCCGCCCAGGGAUCCUUCUCAAGUUAAGACUGAAACUCCCGAACGUGAAAUUUACCGUGAUCCAGACGUGAUUAGGUCCGAGGAGUACGUGGACGAUUCGAAAAUCGCCAAGGAGACCCAUACGGCAUCGAAAAUGCUGAAUAAGUUUAGGCAAAUGGAGGAAAACGGUACCAGGGAGCCAGAAAUUCAAGGUCCCAAACCAUUAAAAUGCUUCACCCCACCACCAGAACCCGCACGACCUGAAUCCAGAAGUGAGGAGGAAGAAUCUUCCGAAUACGAAGAAGAAGAGGAGGAGGAGGAAGAGGUCGACACCACCGGAAAAUUGCCCGAGGAUAUCAUUGAGGCUCAAAAAGCGGCCAGAGCAAAACAAUUACGUGCGAAAUUCGAGAGGUGGGAGGCGAACGAGAUCAAAAAGGAGCAACAGAACGUGAAUAUCGUCGAGGAGUUUGGCGAGGAACAGUCUCAAAUCGAAUCUACCAGAGUAUUGAGAGCCAGAUUCGAGCAAAUGAGGGAAGUGAGCACCGAAUCGUCAAAAUCGCCGCGAGUGAAGCCAAAUCGUUUUGUGGAAAUUUCGACAACAAUAACGGAAACCUGCCAGAGCUGCCAGGAGAAAGUUUACCCAUUGGAAAAGAUCUCUAUUCACGGCAAUAUUUACCAUAAGGGUUGCUUUAAGUGUAUGGAAUGUUCCUGUGUACUGAGAAUGGAUUCUUACUCGUACAACCAAGGACUGUUGUACUGCACCCCCCACUUUAAAAGGCUCUUCAUCUCGAAGGGAAACUAUGACUCCGCCUUCGGAUUGGAUCAGCAUAAAGAAAAAUGGCAGAACGGCACCACAGUGGCGUAGAGAAAUUUUAUUUUAUGAGAGAAAUUACUGUAAAUGUGAUAUGUAAGCCCCCGGACAAUUGCCUUUCGAGUUUUAAAUAAAUAAUUCGUUGUA